AUGGUGCUAGUUGUCGCUUUCCAGCUUUGCGCCAUGAUCAUCCAAAAUGUGAUCCCACUGGAUGCCAUAUUGUCAGUACGAAAUCUGAGUGACUACAGAAGAGUUUACGACUGCAAUGUUAAGGAUGUUUGCUAUGGAGGAAGCAACCCCACUGGAACGUACAGCCUCUCGAGUUAUGGAACAUGUAAGGCUUUGAUGUUGUGCUCCUGGUACUGUUCUCGCAAAGUCGGAUGUGUUGGAUUCGAUAUUCGAUCCGAUAAUUGGGAGUGUCGGUUAUUUAAGCUGCUUAGCAGAGUGCUCGAACCGGAUGAGAAAUGUGUGUUGUAUGUGAAUAAAAUAAAAAUAUCGUUGAACGAAACAAAAAAUAACCUGUUAAUUAACUUCUUGCGAAAAGAUUUUGAAAGAGAUUUUGCAGUACAACUCUCACACGAAAGCCACACAUCAAGUAUCUACGUAGAUGGUAUCCUGAGCCAGCCGUACAACUUCUCAGAUGAUACAUUGAUAUAUGUGAAGAUAUCCGUGCGUACUUUGGCUGUCGUAGUCUACAGGAGCGCCUACAAUCAUACCAUCAGGGUUUGCAGUGGGAAUGGCUUAUUCCCGAUCCUGACCGACAGAUCCUGGAAGUGCUGUGAAACAUAUCAGGCUGGAUGGUUCCAAACUGGAUUCGAUGAUUCGGCGUGGUCAUUUGCUGAAUGGACAAAAUUUCAAAAUAAAACAAACUGCAUUAAAGCGGUUAAUAACAUCAAUUCGUCGGCUCUUUUUUGCCGAAAGAGUAUCGGUCAGAUCCUAAGAAAAUAUUUUGCUAGUAACGAGAUUACAUCUUGA